UGCAAACUACUGUGUACACAACAGGUACCUCUCCAUCUUCGCCAUCUUCUUCAACAGAAGGACAAAGUACAUCCGAAUUAACUUCAGCAGAAAUAUCUUCAUCCACUGUAGACACGUUGAUGACAACAAGCCAGCUGGUUCAAACCACUCUGUUUAGUUCUACCUUAGAAACAGAACCUACAAUGACAGCUCAAUCAACAUUUCCAACACCUAUGUCUGCUAUAACCACAACCACAUUUGAUUCAUCUUCAAGUGAAAGAAGUUCAACAGUGGAAACUACAUCAUCCUCGAUAGGUACAUCUUCAUUUUCAAUGUCUAUUAUGACAGAAGGACUGAGAACAUCAGAACUCCCUUCAACAACAACUGAAAUAUUUUCAUCUGCUAUAGAAGAAACAACAGUCCAGCAGUCAGAAGCCACUCGGUUUACUUCUACCACAGAAUCGGAACCUAAAACAGCAGCUAUAUCAGUAUUUACAACAGCUAUUACCCGUAUCAGCACAUCCACAUUAGAAUCUUCUACAAAUGAAAGUGGAUUAACAGCAGAAACUAUAUUGUCCACAACAGGCACCUCUCAAUUUUCACCAUCUACUAUAACAGAUGGACAAAGCACAUCAGGAUUCACUUUAUCAAUACAUACGCUGUCAUCUAGUGUAGAACGAACAAGCCAGCAAACACAAACCACUCAAUUUCCUUCCACAACAGAAACAGAUUCCAUGAGCACAUCCACAUUAGCAUUGUCUACACUUGAAAGUGGUUCUACACUGGAAACUUCAAUUUCCACAAGUAAAUCUUCAGCUUCACCACCACCAUUGUCUACGACAGAAGGACAAACCACAUCAAAAUUGACCUCAUCUAUAACAGAAAUAUCGUCAUCUAGUAUAGAACAAUCAACACGCCAACAGACACAAAACACACAAUUUACUUCUACUACAGAAACAGAAUCUAAAAUGACAGGUCAGUCAGCAUUUACAACAGCUAUGUCACCCAUGAGCACCACAUUACGAUCAUCUACACUUGAAAGUAGUUCAACACUGGAAACUACAUUACCCACAAUAGGUUCAACUCCAUCUUCACUAUUUACUACAACAGAAGAACAAACUUCCCAUAAUCCUCAAACAAUAACAUCAGCAGUUACAGCCCAAACAUCAAGCAUUUCUACAUCAUCCCAGCCAAGCCCUUCUGCUGAAACUAGCACCCAGAAAACCUCAUCAACAUCAACAGAACCUCAUUCAUCUGCAACAACUCUCAUCUCAGUUUCAACAACUCAAAACUGCCUGGAGAAUUGUCAGUGUAAUGGGUCUCCAUGCAUCUUCAAUGUAACAUCUGGGAAAUGUCAGUGUCAGUGCAAUCCUUUCACUUUUGGAGAGUACUGCAAUUUUGCAAAUGACUCUUCUUCUAUUACUUGGUCUGAAAGCACGCCCACAAGGAAUGCAAAUGUCUCUCUCAGAAUUAUGAUGAACUAUCUUCCUGGUUAUGAAAACAUUAACUCUUCAGAAUCACGAAAACUAAUUUCCAUCUUAAAACAUGAGCUUUCAAUCCUUUGUAAAAGAGCAGAUGCACAGAAUUUCAAAGAAGUGCAAAUACAUAAGUUUGUGAAAGGAAGUGUCAUUGCUGAAAGUACUGCAGUAUAUAACUAUCCCAACAAUGACUCACAAAUAAUGUUUCUAAAUAACUAUUUGCAAUACACCCUGGAAACAAUCUUUAACGAAACAGAUUCAUUUAAAAAUCUCAGCAUAGCUCUUAAUGCUUCCAUCCAAGUUGACCAAACGACCAUGGGGCCAGUUAUAAUAUCAAAUAUUUCAGAUCUGCAGUCAUUUGUGAAAUGCGCAGUGGAUUUUGCAAACUUAACGGUAGAGUUGGAAGAUGGAGCAUGGGUAUGUGUGGGACCGUGUAAAAGAAAUCUUGAAUUCUGCAAUCAACGAGGUGAAUGCCUUAAUGAAAUAGAAGGACCACAGUGCAGGUGUUACAGUUCUCCCUUUGAGAAGUACUAUGGAGAUCAUUGUGAGCUUUACAGCAGAGGGGCCGGUUUCUACGCUGUCCUCUUUGGCUGUUUAGCAGCUUUUGCUCUACUUAUCAUUGUCUUUGGUGUGAUGAUUCUGGUGCUCUACAGAGCCAAGAGCAGAACUUCAAGCAAAAGGAGGUUAUCACUUUUUGAUGAUGUCUUCUUCGAUUUUACAUCAAGAGGAUCCAUAGACAGUGGUUAUGGGAUUCAAAAUUUGUCAGUCACAGAAGAUUCAGCACCUGGGUCUUUCAGCUCAUAACAUGAAAAUGCACCUGUGCGAUAAAGACCAGAGCAAAUUAAGUGGUGGAUGUCCGAUGAACAGAAAAGACAUUUAUUUAUCUAAAGAAAUUGUAUUUAAAAUAUUUAUAAAAUAAUCUCAGGAAACCAACAUAAUUAUACAUACAUUUACUGGGUUGAUUUCAGAUUAUGUAUCUUAUGUCUUUCAAAGCAAAUUCAGAUGACUAUGUACAAACUGUGUAGUGUAAAUAAUAUUUAAAAAAAACAUAAGAACAUUGUAUAAAGCACCUCUGUAAAACUCAGUAAUCUAUGAUACCAAACACUGCAUAGCAUAUGGAAAAAUCAAUAAUAAACCAAAUAAAUAUGUACCCAGUCAGCAAACAAAUUUAGCCCAGAUUUGGCAUGUGUCUGGCGCAGCUGGCAUUCAUCCGGCACUGGCAUACAGAACGUGGGCCAAACAUGGCCCGGGUUUGGCAGAGAUGGCACUGGAUUUAAGAUGGCACCCAAGACAUGGGCCAGAUGUCAAAUGGAGUAUUUGGCCCAAAUGUCAAAUAUAGAUAUGUGGGCCAUAUAUGUAUGGCCGAUCCUGAGCCACAUUUAAAAUCCUUUUCAAAUAUUUUUGAGUAAAAUCCCAAUGUUUUCCCAUACAGAAAGGUAAUAUAUUCACAAAUAUGUGACACACUGUAAAAUAUAUUGAAAUACAUUUUGAAAAUAUAUUUUUAAAAUGCAUAACAUAAGCUCAUGUUGCGUAUUUAAUUAUGUGUGUUUAUAUGUAAAAUUAUAUUGAUGCCUCAUGACAGGCGAUUAUAUGAUGUAUGAUAUUAUACCUUAUAUUGUAGAAUAGUAUCCUGAUAUUAUAUAUGACUGACUUAAAACAAUGUUUUGCAUUCACUGCUUUCAUAUUCUCAUUCAGUUUACAGUUUGAUGUAGCCCUAUCCAAUUAAACAAUACAUGAUUAGGUUUCAGGACAUUUUAUUUGACUUUAUGUACUACUCAGUAAACAAAUUUGGCCCAGAUUUGGCAUGCGUCUGGCACAGCUGGCAUCUAUCCGGAACUGGCAUACAGCAUGUGGGCCAAACAUGGCCCGGGUUUGGUAGAGAUGGCACUGGGUUAAAAACGGCACCCAAGACAUGGGCCAGAUGUCAAAUAUAGAUAUGUGGGCCACAUAAGUAUAGCCGAUCUUGACCCACAUUUAAAAUCCAUUUCAAAUAUUUUUGAUUCAAAUUUUAUAUUUUUGAUAAAACUGUAAUUGUUUGAUUUCAGUUCCUGCACAUUGCUAAAUAACUACUUAGACCACAUUUUUUUUUAUGCCAUGUCCUGUACACCAGUGGACUUUUCAUAAUUUAAAAAUUUUCCACUGUAAUUUCUAUGAGAUAUAUGAUUAAAUCCUGCAUUCAAUAUUAUAUUGUAUUAUAAUAUUCAAAGUUACUCUAUGAUAAUUUCCGUUACCAGUUGGUUAAUUAAGAUGAUCACAAAUUGAAGAUAAAUGUGAUUGGAGAGAUUAAAUAUAUUUGAGAAAUGAUAGAAACGUGUUGCCAUUUAUGACAGAUAUUUCUAGAAACACAGCUUCCGCAUGAAUCAGUGGAUUAGUGUCAGUUAGCCCAAUUUGCGCCAAUCAGGAUUUCAAAAUCCCGGAAAUGCGAAGCUGACCUAUCAGAGCGAAAUUGGCCGAAAGGCGCAAUUAUCAAAUGCAGUGCUUCAUGGGAUUGUAGUUUUUUUACCCAGUUGGCUUUAACACACAUAGUCUCGUACUUUUGUAUUUUUUACAAAUGUUCAAAUAUUUUUUAUUUCGGAUCGAAUAUUGUACACGUUGUGAUUCAAGUUUUAGCUGGUUGUUAUGAUUCAUGGUUUAUAACGCUUUAAAGCAACAAAUCUCCAAAGAGGAAAAGUGAAUGAAAAUACUCCCGGAACCAGUAGGUCGAAAAAGUGGGCGGGCGCUUCAGUCUUGCACAGACUUCAGAAACGGUCAAGCACUGAACCGGGAUUUCGGGGAAAAAAACGGGAACCGCUGUGUCCAUUUUGUUUUACUGUCUUUGGGGGGAAAGCCAGCAGAGUUGGAGGAAGAACAAAAAGGAUUCUGUAAAGUCACAGUAUGGAUAAGGUAUGGAAGUACAAUGAUAGGAGCAAUUCCAGAAGAAGGGCACUAAAACUAGUCAGUGAAUUGAUUGACGAUGUGGAACAUAGGGAGGGGGAGGUGGAGGACGAUUCUGAGUUAAGUGUUUGUGUUGAUGCUUCGGGGGAUUCAGACAUGGAAAUUAGUGAUGAAGGAAGUGACCAUCAGAAUAUUGAAGCAGAUGUUGAGGAUAAGGAAGUACAUGAAGAGGCUGCAGUUUCUGUUGAGGACCAGUCUGAUCUUCAAGAUCCUUGUAGUCAGAGAGAUUUGCAGUGUUCACUAGUAGAUUGGGCAAUUGAAUUUGGAAUUUCAUUAAUUGCUUUGUCAGCACUUCUUACCAUUCUCAAAGUCCAUCAUUCCUCUCUGCCUAAGGAUGGAAGAACGUUGCUGAAAACAAAAACAAGAUACAACAUUAGGAGUAUAGCUGGUGGUGUGUUUCAUUAUUGUGGAAUUCUGAAUUCAUUUAGGAAAAUCCUUGAUAGCGUUUGGCAUACUGUGGCAGACAAACAUGUCUUCAAGCUACAGUUGAAUUUUGAUGGACUACCACUCUUCAAGAGUACUAGUACACAGUUUUGGCCGAUUCUUGGUUUGCUGCAAGGUCACACUAAGGCACCAGUGUUGAUUGGACUUUUUUGUGGUACUUCAAAGCCAAAUUCUUUGGCUGAUUAUCUUCAUGAUCUGGUUCACGAGCUAAAAAUGUUGAGGGAUGGGUUUCUGUUCAAGCAGAAAACAUUCUUUUUGAAUGUUGUUUCAGUUAUGUGCGAUACCCCUGCCCGAGCCUUCAUCAGAGGUGUGAAGUCACACACUGCAUAUCAUGGAUGUGACAAGUGUCAUCAAACAGGUGUCUGGAAAUCAAAUCGAAUGACAUUUCCUGAGGUGAAUGCAAAGCGCAGAACUGAUGAGAGUUUUAGGCAAGCAACUGAUGAAGAACACCACAUUCAGCACUCACCUCUUACAGACAUUGGCAUUGACAUGGUCACUUGUUUCCCUCACGAUUACAUGCACUUGGUUUGUCUGGGUGUAAUGCGGCGUCUUUUAGACUUGUGGAUCAGCACCAUCGGUCCCUUGCACUGUCGCAUAUCAUCCAUUCAAGCUUCCAUGGUGUCAGAUAGACUUCUUGCACUGAGAAGUUACAUUCCAAGUGAGUUUGCUCGAAGGCCUCGGGCACUGGCAGAUCGAUGUAGGUGGAAUGCAACAGAGCUACGCCAAUUUUUGUUAUACACUGGUCCAGUUGUGCUGAAUGGUGUUUUACAGACUCAAAUCUAUGACAACUUCAUGCUUUUGUCUGUAGCUGUGUACAUUUUGGCAAGUCCAGAAUUUUGUAUGGAGAUGAAUGACUUUGCAAAUACUCUGUUGCGUUCAUUUGUUGAACACUUUGGCCAGCUUUAUGGUGAAGAGUUUUUGGUUUAUAAUAUUCAUGGGCUGGUGCACCUCAGUGAAGAUGUCAAAAUCCAUGGCAAUCUAGAUCUAAUAUCAGGAUUUCCCUUUGAAAAUUUCUUAGGAAAACUCAAAAAACUGGUACGAGGGCCAUGCAAUCCUUUGACUCAGGUGAUGCGUAGAUUGUCAGAGAUAGAAAAUAGCAACUACAGUUGUGAUGUAGAAGAGGCAAUUCAAAAAUUGGAUAAAGAACAUACGGAUGGGCCAGUACCAGAGUGCUUCUCGCAACAAGCUCAUCAAUUUAAAGUUCUCGCGAUUGAUGAUGUAGUUGUGAAGCUCAAUGAGAGAGAUUCUUGUGUCAGAAUUGACAAUAAGUUGGUUUUAGUCCAAAACAUUGUUGAGGAUAAAGGUGCAGUAUACCUUGUGGGCAAAGAAUAUAAACAGGUGGAACACUUCUUUAAAUAUCCUAUUGAUUCAAAAGAGUUGGGAAUUUAUGUGGCUUCCAAGCUCUCCACAAAUGUCAAGUGUUUCAUGACAGGAAAGAAGCUGCAGAAGUAUGUGAGAUUGCCAUUCCGAAACAAAUUUGUUGUUGUUCCACUCCUGCAUCAAGAGAAAUAACUCUGAAGAUGCUUGUGUAUAAUAGUUGGCUAAGGAAUAUCAUUCUUGUCUCUUUAGAUGUUUCACAUUGUUGUCUUUGACAAGACAAAUGAGGUUGAAGUUGUGCCUUCAGUCUGGAUUAAAAAUGGAGAGUACAUGUGGCCUCCAAAUAAGAUAGAUAUAACAAAAGCUGUGAAAUCACAGGAGAGUCCUGGAGAUGACUGGAAGCCCCAUAAUGCCAGAAUUAUUUUCACGUCACAUGACUACAAGGAAGCUAGACGCAAACUACCACUUGCUGUUGAUCACACAGACAUUGAUCAGACCGAUGGAGGAGACUCACCAAUUACAUUUCAAAGAAAAAGAAUACCCAAGAACAUUCUUUUCCCUGGAGAAGACGACGACGAUGAUAAUGCGAUGGAAGAGCACCUGAAAGAACCAAAAUCAAGAAAAGGCAGAAGGUAUUCUAUACCCGAUGCUCCGAAAAUUGCUAGACAUGCCAACAAAUUAGACCCAGGAAAGCCAAACUGCCCUAAGAUCUUCCACAGUACUCUUGCCCUCCACAAUGAUGAGAUGGAAGGAAUUAAAGCAACAAAGUCCAAAAAAAAGAGGUAUGCCUUACCUAAUGCUCCAGUGAUCUCUAGGGAACAGAUUUCUCCUGCAGUAGACAACCUCCACCUUAAUGGCCAAGGCAGAACUGACCUUCAUUCACGCGAUCAUAGCAGUCCUGAUGUUAGCCUACAUGGCCAAAGCAGUCCUCACCUUCGUCCACAUGGCCAAAAGAGUCCCAAUCUUCUCCCAAGUUGCUACAGUCCUGACUUGUAUGCAGAUUGCCACAGCACUCCUGAGAUCCACUCAAGUCAGCAGACCAGCAUUGCUAUGUUAUCAUCGGGCUGGAAUUUUCUCUCCGAGAGUUGUACAUUAAGUAAAUCAAGCACUGAGACCCUUUUAAGCCAAGCCAACGUUGAGGUCAGAAGACCAGCCCAUAAAAGUAAAGAGAUCCAUAAAAAAAGCACUCCGAACCUUCGACGCUCCCUCAGCCACACCAGACCACGGACAUCGAGCAAACAUCCAGUCACCAAAUUUUUCUUCUUCGUAAUAUAUUAACAAAACAGGAGAUGCUUAUGGACCAAAUGCGAAUUAUCAUGAAGACCCUCCAGUGUAUGCAAUCAAGUCAGGAGACAGAGAUAGGCCUAGAUCGAAAUUUGUUGCCUCUCAAAGAUCUCACUUCUCUACAGAGCAUGGAGGGCAAUCUGCGGAGUACUCCUGACCUCCAUAAGCAAUUGGUAAACACUCUGGCUCUUAAAGGUGGGGCGGACGUGCAGGAGUCUGUUUGGAGAAUCAUGCAUGGUCUGUUUACCAACUCCUUGGCGAGGAAAGUUAACAUGAGAGGAUUGAAUGGAAAGAUUAGCUUCCUACGCCUACAGAUACGAGAUGUUGUGAUUGCGGCUGUGAGACGUAACCGUCUAACAUCCGAUGCCACAGAGAAAGACAUUGAUUCCACCGUUAAAAGAUUGCUGUAUCUGGCCCCAGACAGAGAUGGUGGACGGAAAGAAAGGAUGAAGAGCAAAGUGCUUAAGGACAAUAUGACUGGUUAACAGGAUUCAGGCUUGGAUGUUCAAAAGCUCUGUCGAGAGUUCAAAUUGUUCAGUGACAGAAUUACUGUUUCAGAGUCAUUUGAAGAGUACUACUUGUUCCUAGCCAUAAACGUGGACGUAAAAAGUGUUUUGUGAAGUGAAACUUGUUGAUGAAACAUGUUCUAGUGUUAUAUGUUUAGUGAAUCUUGUUCGUGACCAGAAACAUGGAUGUUCAAGCAUUAAGCAAAGCAAUGAAACUUGAUGAUCAAGUACCACUUAAAGUGAAACAUCAUAAACCAAAAAAACAGCACUUGUUUUAUAUUUGUUUUUAUUUAUUUUUAGCUGAACUGACAGAGGAGUGUCAUUUUAGAGAGGAGUUUGUACAACGGAAAAAUGUCAUGAUGAAAAAACAGAUGCCAAUGCUUUGAUGUUUAACACAAUUAAAUAUUUGUUCAGAA